UUGCCUCCUGAAGGCUGCAGUCCCAGGCGGCGGCGAGGACCACAGCCGAGAGUCGGCCGCCGCCGCCGCCGCCGCCGCCACUACCACCACCAGGGAACAGGAGCCACCGUAAGAUGUGGGUUUUUGGUUACGGGUCUCUGAUCUGGAAGGUGGACUUCCCUUAUCAGGACAAGCUGGUUGGAUACAUCACAGACUACAGCAGGCGCUUCUGGCAGGGCAGCACCGACCACCGCGGGGUCCCCGGCAAGCCUGGAAGAGUUGUGACUCUUGUUGAAGAUCCUGGGGGUUGUGUAUGGGGUGUUGCUUACAAACUGCCAGUAGGAAAAGAAGAAGAAGUAAAAGCAUACCUUGACUUCAGAGAGAAAGGAGGCUACAGAAACAUAACAGUCAUUUUUUAUCCAAAAGAUCCCACAACAAAACCAUUCAGUGUGCUGUUAUAUAUUGGAACAUGUGAUAAUCCCAAUUAUCUUGGUCCUGCCCCUCUGGAAGACAUUGCUGAACAAAUUUUUAAUGCAGCUGGUCCAAGUGGAAGAAAUACAGAGUAUCUUUUUGAGCUUGCAAAUUCUAUUAGAAGCCUUGUACCAGAAGAUGCAGAUGAGCAUCUUUUCUCCUUGGAAAAAUUAGUAAAGGAACGUUUAGAAGAAAAACAGAACCUCAGUUGCGUCUAAAGACCUAAUCAUUAACUUAUCCAAAUAGAGCAUUUAGUCUUCAGAGAAUCACUUCAGCAUACAAUGGCAAUAUUUUGGAAGUGUUUACUUGAAGAUUUUAUUAUUUUUAAUGUUAUAGCCAGGAUAUCAUCUAAAUGUAUAGUUUAAUUGCAAGUGUCCUGAAACAUUUAUGUUCAGAAGAUUGGAGUAUAGAGAAAGAAAAAAUUCAAGUUUUAAUGAUAUAAUGAUCUCCUAACUAUGUGAUACUGAACAUCAUAAGUGAGUUCUUAAGAAAUAUACAAAGUGCUCACUUCAGUAGCACAUAUUCUAAAAUUGGAACAAUACAAAGAUUAGCAUGGCCCCUGCACAAGAAUAACAGGCAAAUUUGUGAAGCAUUCCAUAUUUUUCAAGAAGAGAAAUAUAGAAAUAUACAAAGACUUGGUUCAGUUCUUGUUUGUAUCAGAGUAAGAAUAAUCUUGUUUCAUUUUACAAUACUAUUUUGAGGUUAAAGAGAAUUAAGCCAAAAGUCCAAUAAAUAUUAUAAGAUUAUAUCUUUAAUAUGUUCCUAUAAAAUAAUUCUAUAACCAUGGUUUAAAAAUAUAUAAGCUUAAAAUAAUGUGCAAUUAGAAAUUCAUGUUAAUAUAGAUAAUAUUUCAGCCUUGAAUGUGAAUUUCCUUGUUAUUCAGGUAUAAAAUGAGAAUUUCAAAUUUAGGCCAAAAGAAAUUGGCAUUUUUCUAUUAUAAAAAUAUCCUUGGAAUUUUAAUCUGCUGUACCUCUCCUUUUUUUAAUAAAUGCAUUACACUACAUAGAAAAAAAAACUCAUUAAGCUAAACAAUACAAAAUAAUAGUACAAAUCACAUCCACUAAUGAAAAUGUCAUUUGAUUUGUAUUUAUACUGAGAUGGAAAAAAAAGGGAUGGGUUGAUAAUUACAGAUUAACAGAAACAUAUAUAAACAUAUAUAUAAUGAAAUCUGUGUGUUUGAAAUAGACUCUGGAAUUAUAAUUCUUUAAAAAAUUAAGUGGCAUUACCCAAUUAUCUGCUAUACUACUUUAUUUUCUUUCCUGAAUCUUAUCACCUAAAUAGGAGUAUUAACUGUAUUUGUGCUAUUACUCAAGUAGGAGACAAAUAUUUAAAAUUAUUAACUCAUGUAGAAUAAGCCCUAAUUCAAGAGCUAAAACAGGUUAUUCAUGAUUAUAGGUAAUUUCUCAAUAAAGUCUCUAGAAUCUUCCAAAAUAAAAUAAAUUUCAGUAUCAUGUUAAAUCUAACAAGACUUAUUACAAAAUUCCUCAAAUCCACACAAAUUUUUUUGUUUUUCACA